AUGGGCAAUCAACCAUGUUUCCCUGAUAUAAGACAAGACAAUUUUUUUUAUGCUCAUAAUACUUUUGAGAUGAGAGAGGAAUCGCAAAUUCAGGAAUUAAACAGAAAUGCAGAUGAUCCUAGUACUCCGAAUGCUGAAAGGCGGAAUUACUUGAAGAAAGGAAGAGGAAGACCAACGAAAGGGCCUUACGUUUGCUUUAGCUGCGAUGAGGUUUUUAAUUAUAAAGCACCUUUUUCAAAACAUUUGAAAGAAGCACACAAUAUUUCGCCUGAAAAAGUUCCAAGAACACCCAAGAAAGUUCUCCCGACUACAAAAAUUGUUGAAAAGAAAUUUGAAUCGAAAACUCCGAAUGAAUUUCAGUUUGAAGACAAUUUGAAAAUCAAGGAAGAAGUGAUCGAAGAUGAAGGAACUACUUCAAAGACUGUCGCAGAACCAACAAGAGAUUUGAUGACAAGAAGAAGACAAAGUGAAGGACCCUACGUUUGUUCCCGUUGCAGCGAUACUUUUGAAUUAAGGGCAUGUUUUUUAAAACACCAGAGAGAAGAUUGUGUAAUAACUCCUUCCAAGAAAAGAACGGUUAAAGGCGAGACAAAAGUCGGGGCUUGUUUUACUCCGAAAAUUACAGCGCAUACACUCCCUAAAACUAGCGGUUAUGCACAUUUACUGAAAGUUAACGAAUCUACUCAAAAAACAGAACCUAAAAAAUAUUUGACGAUUCCAAAAACACCACCGGCACUGGUUCUGACGUCGCCCGUCUUGAAGAAAACAAAUCAGUGUAAAAAAUGCGACCGUAUUUACGAUAAUCCUAAAAGUUUUUGGCGUCACACUACUUACGAGUGCGAAGUGGAACCUAGAUUUACAUGCAACGAUUGCGGACUUAAAUUUAAACGCAAAUAUCACCUUAAGAGACAUCGAGCUUCGCAACAUUUCGAGUUCUAAAAAACAAAAUCGAAGAUUCAUUUUUAUGUUCACUAUCAUCAGCCGGGGCAAAUGUGCCGCAGGAUUCAUUUUUUGCUAAAUACCGUUAUUUUUUAAAUGUGGUGCAAAUGUCAUGGAAAUCUUCUUUGAUUCUGUAAUCCAAGGUGGAUUUUUGAACCUCAAUUAAAAAGAUGGAAAAGGCAAUGAGGAAUAUUUUAAAGGAAUAUCGUUCUCUGAUUAUCCCGGUUGCGUGCAUUUAAAACCAUGGAUGUAUUCUGAUUUAGAAAAAGUUUCAAAAUUUUCUAAAACUCCACACUUUUUAUUUCAACCAAUUUUUUAUUAAUUUUUCAAUAUCGAUUCUUAACUUGAUUGAGUAAAGUGCUUUUGGAAACAAAGGAAAAAUUUUAAGCUCAAAAAAAAGAAAAUAUUAAAUACAAACUACGAUUUUUUUACAUUUCAUCAAAUUUUGCAUUAAAGAAAAUAAUUAAUCAUAUUAUAGUUAUAUAUUAGGUAUAAUUUUAAUUUUUGAAUAGUAGUUAUUCAUACGUAUUGAUAAGAAAUAUUAAUUUUAAUAUCAAGGUUUCAUAAUAAUAACAAAAAUUAAUUUGUAAAUGAAAUUUGAGUUUGGCCAACAUUUUAGUAUCGAAUGUGAUUUAAAAAAAGAUUUCUGUUCCGAGGGACCUUUCCAAGAGUUUCACAAAAAAUUAUCUUUUUAUUUUUGGAUAUAUUGCAACGUUCCAUAUAAUAUAUUAAAAAUAGGAAUCGAGACUUUUGUAGAACUUCUCUAAAUAAACAAUUUUGCUUUUAGAAUUUUAUCCUUAAUCGCUUUUUCUUACAAAGUAAAUGGUGGUCAAUUAAUUAAUUUCCAACUUUUUAAUAAUGGCUUGACAAUUUUUAUUGUACCGCUGACAUUGACACUUAUUUCAUUUUUUGUUUAUGAUUUAAAAACUGUCUGUUGUGACUAUGUAAAAAUUGAGUUAUCAUCUGUUAGUCGAAUACUAUAGUUUUCUGAUUAAUGAGUUGAUGAUUUAAAAGGAAUAUUAUUUCUAGAAUUUAUUUAAUAAUUAUAUUUGGAUUGUAAGAGCCUGUUUUUUUUAAAUCGAUCUCUAUCAGAUUUACCAUCGCUUUAGUAAAUACAUUUUUAGAUUUAAAUAAUAUUAUUAUAAUUAAAUAACUAUAAUACACUACAAUUA